AGAGAGAAUGAGCGGCGGAGCGGCGAAGACUGUGUGCGUCACCGGCGCCUCUGGAUACAUCGCUUCUUGGAUUGUCAAGUUCCUUCUCCGGCGGGGUUACACCGUCAAAGCCAGCGUCCGAGAUCCGAGCGAUCCGAUUAAAACUGCACAUUUGCUUGCACUCGAUGGAGCGGCUGAGAGGCUUCAUCUGUUUAAAGCCAAUCUCCUAGAGGAAGGUUCAUUUGAUUCUGCUGUUCAGGGCUGCGAAGGGGUUUUUCAUACAGCUUCUCCCUUCUUCCAUUCUGUUUCAGAUCCACAGGCUGAACUUAUUGAUCCUGCAUUGAAAGGAACACUGAAUGUUCUUAAGUCAGUUGCAAAAUCAUCAACUGUCAAGCGGGUUGUCUUGACAUCUUCAAUUGCUGCUGUUGCUUAUAACGAAAAGCCUCGUACUCCCGAUGUUGUAGUUGAUGAGACUUGGUUUUCUAGUCCGGAGGUUUGCAAGGAAUUGAAGCUUUGGUACGUGCUCUCCAAAACUUUAGCUGAGGAGGCAGCCUGGAAUUUUGUAAGAGAGAAGGGAAUUGACAUGGUUACCAUAAACCCUGCUAUGGUUAUCGGUCCAUUAUUGCAGCCGACUCUGAAUACUAGUGCUGAAGCUAUUUUGAACUUAAUAUCUGGAGCACAAACAUUUCCAAAUUCCACAUUCGGAUGGGUUAAUGUCAAAGAUGUUGCUAAUGCACACAUUCAAGCCUAUGAGAUUCCAUCAGCUAGUGGAAGAUACUGUUUGGUUGAGAGAGUUAUUCACUAUUCAGGAACUGUGAAGAUUUUACGUGAUCUCUACCCUUCAUUAAAACUUCCAGAUAAGUGUGCAGAUGAUAAACCGUUUAUACCGACGUACCAGGUCUCGAUGGAGAAAGCAAAGAGCUUAGGCAUUGAAUUCAUUCCUCUAGAGGAGAGUCUGAAGGAAACCGUUGAGAGCUUGAAGGAAAAGAAAUUUGUCAGCUUCUGAGUUUCCUGAAAUCACUCAAUGCUUAUUGUUAUCAGAAGCCAAUAAUCUCAAUCUCUGGGAAAGCCUUGUGAUUUUCUGUUACGGUGGUAGUAGUAAAAUUUCUUCUUUGCGAUCUAUCUAACUGAAAAUAGUACUGUUACCUUGUCGUAAUAAGUUAUAUUUGACAUUUGAGUACUGUAUAACGGCUACUUCAAGGCACUAUAAUUCGAGAAAUGUGAGAAGAAUUAUCUUGUGUGAAA